UUCUUUGUAAAAAACCUACGGAGUAUACGCACAAAUACACCGCCGGAAAACGCACAAUCGGAGUUUCUGGAGAGCAGCACGAAUGGCGGCAACCGUGAGCGCGUGGGCUAAGCCAGGCGCGUGGGCGUUGGAUGCGGAGGAAAACGAGUCGGAGCUUCUGAAGCAGAGCAAGGAGGAUGCGGUUGGUAGCGGCAAAGGCGGCGAUACGGCGGAUUUCCCAUCUCUUUCCGCCGCCGCCGCCGUCACAAAGUCAAAGAAGAAGAAGCCGCAGAAACUAUCGCUUCAGGAAUUCGCGACGUUCGGCGCGGAGAAGCCGGCGGCGUCGUCUCAGCCUAAAGGUUUGACGCCGGACGAACUUAUGAUGCUUCCUACUGGUCCGCGCCAGCGCACCGCCGAGGAACUCGAUCGGAACAAAUUAGGCGGCGGAUUCAGAUCCUACGGCGGCGGAUUGAGAGACGAGCAGCCGCGGCGGCAGGGAAGUUUCAAUCGCGACGCGAAUCGUGAAAUUGCGCCCUCUAGGGCUGACGAGAUCGAUAAUUGGGCGGCGGCGAAGAAAUCCCCAGGCUUCGAUAGGAGAGACAGAGGCGAUAGAGGAGGCUUCUUCUCCGACCAAUCGCGAGCCGAUGAGGUCGAUAAUUGGGCAUCGAACAAAAGCUUUGUUCCCUCUGAACCUCGGAGGUACGAUAGAAGGGGAAGCUUCGGAUCGGAUUCCAACAGCAGCGGCGGGGGCGCAGAUUCAAACAAUUGGAUUAAAAGGAAGGAAGAAGAACGAAGAACAGGCGGAGCUUUCGACAGUCUGAGGCAGAGGAGAGGAGGUUUUGAUGGUGCAGAUUCCGAAACUUGGGGAAAGAAACCGGAGGAGGCUGCCGGCGCUGGGGGUAGGCCUAGGUUGAAUUUGCAGCCGAGGACUGUCCCUGUUAGCAACACGUCGGCGCCGGCGAGCGGCGCGGCUAGUCCAGUGAAGGCUAAGGGAAGUAAUCCGUUCGGUGAGGCUAGGCCGAGGGAGGAAGUGCUGAAAGAGAAGGGUCAAGAUUGGAAGGAAAUUGAUGAAAAGCUUGAGUCAAAUAAGCUUAAGGAGGUUGUUUCUGCAGGACAUUCUGAUGGGGCCCCGAAGAGAGGCUUUUGGAGUGGGAAUGGGAGAGAUGAAAUGCGCCAGGAGGCUAAGGCUGUGGGGGCUUGGAGGAGGCCUCCGUCUAGGGGUUCUCGUCCCCAAAGUGCUGCUGGAUCUGAAAGUGCUGGUCCUGAAAAUGGGCAUACUGAACAGGCUAAAUAAUCCCCUGGAUUUGAAGCGAGCGUUGGUGGGAGAAUGGAUUGCUCUGGGUUGUUGAUGCAUCGAAGAAGUUUUGACAGCAGCGGUAUAAUAUAAAAAUCUUUUCGAUAAAGAAACUGAUGUGGUCUACUGAUAGGAUUUUGGCUUUCCCUUUCAUUUCAUUUUGGAUCGUUGCAGUGCAUAAUAGAGAGCAAUUUUGUUAGACUUACAUGUAGAUUUACUUCUGUAUUGGGUAAUUUGUACUUUUGGCGUGGCGACUAUUUAUAUUUCUGUUGAAUUCAUUCUUCAUUGGGUGUGAAACUUUGGAUUCCUGAAAUGAUUAUUGUUUGGAACAUCGGUAGAUGGAGUUUC